CAUUGUCUGCACCGGAUGUUGAAGACUGUCAAGCUCCUUCAGCUGAGCAGUGGUAGUUAAAUAAUGCCAAUUUAGCAGAAUUUCUUGCAUAUGUUAUGUGACGGUAGUUAAAUUAUUUAACUGCUUCUUAUAUCAAUUCGUCCAUCUACUAUAGAGUUUCACCAACCGGCUGGUCAAGUUGUUUUGCCUGGCUUCAAAGCUACGGUCAAAGUUAUAGUGUUAGCAACCAGCUAACGUUAGCCACAUUGGAACAGCUGAUGCAUUUGGUGUUGCAGAGAAUAGCGUUUUCUUUUUAAAUAUCAACAACAGGGACUUUUGUAUGAGGUGUGAAACUGUUAGAUGGCUGCCCGACAACCCUUUACAGAUUUAGACACUGCCGACGAAGCAGUGAGGUCGACUUGUGACGAUGCAACGACAUGCAAAAGAUAUGCAACCAGUAAAGGCUACUGGACAGACCCCUAUGUCCAGUAUUUUGUGAGGUCGGUAGGGGAACGAAAAGCUCCAGAAAUUAACCGAGGUUACUAUGCCCGCGUGCAGGGAAUGAACCACCUCCUGGAUGCCUUCCUCAGGAAAACAAAGUGUGACUGUCAGAUAGUGAACCUGGGGGCAGGGCUGGACACCACUUUCUGGAGGCUAAAGGAUGAAAACCUCAUGCCUAGAAAAUACUUUGAAGUUGACUUUCCAAUGAUUGCUGCCAGGAAAAUACACAACAUAAAGACAAAACCACCACUGUCAAAACCUCUCAUUGAGACCCACUCCACAGACUCACUAUUACUAGAUGGCCACAGCCUAGACUCAGACAGGUACUGCAUCAUCGGUGCUGACCUCAGGGACAUCCCAGGCCUAGAUGACAAACUGAAGAAGUUCCACCUCAACCCAGAGUUGCCUACGUUGUUCCUGUCAGAGUGUGUGCUGGUCUACAUGACUCCAGAUCAGUCAUCCAAGCUGGUGAACUGGGCCUCAGUCACCUUCCACACAGCCAUGUUUGUCAACUAUGAGCAGGUGAACAUGCUGGAUCGUUUUGGCCAGGUGAUGAUUGAGAAUCUUCAGCGUCGUCAGUGUAAUCUGGCUGGAGUGGAGGUGUGUCAGUCACUGGAAACACAGAAAGAGCGCUUCCUAAAGACGGGCUGGGAGAAUGCAGAUGCUCUGGACAUGAUGACUGUGUACAGUGUUAUACCUCAGGACGACGUGGCAAGAAUAGAGCGUCUGGAAUUUCUGGAUGAGAAGGAACUUCUGCAGCAGCUCCUCCAACAUUACAGUAUAUGCUGGGCCACCAAGGACAAGCUCAAGCUAGGACUCUCACAAGUUGCUUUCUGAACCUGGACUGUGGACUGACUGUCUUCAGCCUGUUUCUCUGUGAUCAACACCACCAUGUAAGGAAGAAGGAACCCGUUAACAUCAAACUCCAGUCCUGUCUGUCUUUGCUUCAAAUAAAGUGUGGGAAACUUCUGGCAUCAGCAGAAUUCUACUUGAUGUGUUUCCUUUGCAUCCCAUAAGUGCACCCACUGCCUCCCAGCAUGUUUUUGGGAAAGAAAAGAGAAGGUUGUGCUGGAAGUGUGAUAUGAAUGACAAGACUUUGGAAAGGACAGCAUCCCUAGACUUCAUUUCAUUGUUUCUAAGCCAGGUACCGGUCAAGUUCUUAAUGUGCCAUUGUGUUGUGAACUAAAAAGUGUAUGUAUUAUUAAGACUCUAAAAAUGUAUUGCCAAGACCGAUAGUGUCUUACGAAUAGAAAUGUGAAGUUAAUACAUUGAAUGCACUUAAAGAUUUCUUUGAUUCUGGAUUUAAGGUAGCAAUAGAUACAUUUGCAUGUAACAAGGAUUCUAGUCAAAGAAAUAGGAGUGGCAUUUUCAAUCAGAGCAAACAAAUUUCAAAUUCUUGCAGGUGAUACAACAGUACCAAUGACACGACAAUGCAGGUCUAGAGGUUGAAUAAAGCUGUUAAUAUUUGUGUUUGAAAACCUGACCUCCAUUUCAUUACCUAUGGUCAACAGACUGCAUUAGAUGCCAUGAAAGUCGAUGUCAUUUCCACAUGGAAGACACAUUGAAUAGUUUGUCACCCUCUGAGACCCCUAUGUCCUUCUGUUCAGAUCCUGUGUUUUACAGAGAAACAUUAACCCAAUAUGACCUUGUGUACAGUGUGGUAUGGAUACAGAUAGCAGCACUAGAGCACUGAAGACAGUGAUAGAAGAGAGAUGUUUGUAACACAUAUGCAGUGUCUAGUUCGUCUACACACCCCUUGCACAGUCUUCACAUUUUGCUGCCUUAAAACUUAACCCCAAAAAUGGAUUCAAUGACUUUUCCCUACCAAUGUACUCAACCUACAAAUGAUAGAACAUUUUCCAAAUUACUUGUAAAUAAAUAAAAAUUAGUGUGACAUACAGUGAGGUUUGAACAUUUUUACACCCUUCAUAGAGAUGAGCAAUAAUCGCUGCAUAAAAUAUUUCAAAUAUUGAGCUUUAUUGAAUGCUCAUAAUAUUGGGAAAUUGUUUUAUACUAAUAUAAUUGCUCAGAGAAAGAGAUUUUGUUUAAAGAGUUAUAUAUUUUUUUCCUCAAAGGUAGGGGGGGGUCAAAAUUAUUGACACCCCUAAAGAGUCUUGUAAAGUAGUUAUAGUUCAGUAUUUGGUCCCAUAUUCCUAUCACACAAAGACUACAAGCUUGUGACUCUACAAACUUGGAUGCAUUUGAAGUUAGUUAUGGUUUUUCAUCUUAUUUUGUGCCCAAUAUAAAUACAUGUUGAGUCAUUUGUGUCACUUUUUUAUAGAUAAGAAUAGAAUGUUUCUAAACACAUUGCGGAUGCUACCAUGAUUACGGAUCAUCCUGAAAAAUCAUGAAUAAUGAUGAGUAAAAAAGAGGUCAAAGUUCAUAUCCCCAAGACAUGCUAAACUCUCACAAUUACCAAUAACGGGAGGUUAGCAUGGGGGUAUGAUCUUUGAACUCUGUAACACAACCAAAACUAACUGCAAAUGCAUCCAACAAGCUUAGAGUGUCACAAGUUUGUAUUCAUUGCAUGCAACGAAUAUGGGACCUAAUACGUUAUUUAUAAAAAUCUUUAGGGAUGUCAAUCAUUUGAACCCCUACCUCUUCGGGAGAAAAAAUAUAUUACUUGAGCAAUUGUAUUAGUAUAACAUAUAAUUUCACAAAUUUGUUAUACAAUAUCUCAGUAUUUGAAUUAUUUAUUUUAUUGAGUCAUUAUUGCUCAUCUUUAUCAAGGGUGUUAAUAAUUUAUCAUACAAUAUCUCAGUAUUUGAAUUGUUUAUUUUAUUGAGUCAUUAUUGUUCAUCUUUAUCAAGGGUGUUAAUAAUUUCGGACCCCACUAUAUUCAUUGUUUUUGUAAAAAUU